AUGUCCGGAGGUGACGAGCGGACGUCAGUCGACGACUUUGUCAAGCGGCCGAACUGGGUUUCGUUUGAAUCCGAAGUUCGGCCGAGCGCUUUUCAUGUCACCCGAAUCAUGCAAAACCUUACAACGGAUGACGAAAACGUUAGUGAUACGUAUCGGCUCGCAACCACCAUCCGCGGAUGUGACGCGGUGGUUAUGAGGAGUAGUUUCGCUUUCGAACCGGACUGGUUGAGCCUCCUGACGGAAUUAUACCGAAAACCGGUCAUCACGAUUGGGCUUUUACCGACAAAAGCUAACGACAACAACGACAGCGACGACACUAGUUGGUUAGAAACGAAACACUGGUUGGACAAGCGUGAAAAAGGGUCGGUUGUUUACAUAGCCUUUGGAACGGAAACAAAACCGAGUCAGUACGAGUUGACUCAGUUGGCUUUAGGGUUAGAGUUGAGUGGAUUACCCUUUUUUUGGGUAUUAAACGACCAACGUGGGUUGUCAGAUGAUGAGGUUAUUGAGUUGCCAAGUGGGUUUGAGGAGCGGACACGUGGACAAGGUAUGGUGUGUAAGAGUUGGGCACCACAGUUCAAGAUAGUGAGUCAUGACUCGGUUGGGGUUUUGUUAAUUCACUCGGGUAUGGGUUCACUUGUGGAUGGGCUUCAACUCGGUAAACCACUUGUGUUGCUUCCAUUUACGUUUGACCAAGGUUUAAUUGCAAGUUAUUUGGUGGAAAAGAAGAUGGCAUGUAUGGUAUAUAGGGAGGAUGUGGAUGGGUCUUUUACUCCGGAAUCGGUGGCUGACUCACUGAGUCUUGUGAUGGUGAAAGAAGAUGGGAAAAUGUAUAGGGAAAGAGCCAAAGAGAUGAUGUCUUUAUUGGGUGACAAAAACGUUCAAGACAAGUGUUUGGAUGAAUUGAUGUGUUUUCUUCAAAGUUCCUCCAAAUAG